CGUAACAGGCAGGAUACAGGUGCAAAAGACAGAAAGUGUUUUACAUUCUAAUCCUGAGACCAAAUUCUCCUCAACUCAAGUUAACCAAUCCAACGCUACAUAUAGACUUUAAUAACGUGACUGGAAACGCCUAUAAAGCUAGGUGUUUGUGCAGGGAAAAUGGCAACACUGAAGGCAUCAGACUGGCAAAGAUGGAGCGGAUUAUCGUCUUGUGCCUGGUUUCUAACUGUCUCUCGGCGGUACAUGCUCAGACAUUUUUGUUCAGCCCAAAAUGGGGCCCCAUUGGCUAUAAAGAACGUGAAGAAUAUGAUGGGACAGCAAUGGACGAAAUCAUUAAAACUAAUGAGUUCCAAGCUUCCCGAAUCAUAGACGGCACUACCAGUCUCCGAGACGGAGACAUUGCUGUUUCUUCUGGAAGGCGCUCCAAAGUCUGCUUCGCCCGUAGCUGCCUCUGGUCUAAGUCAGUGGAUGGACAUGUCUAUGUUGCAUAUAGGCUCUCACCUGAAUACUCUGAAAUUGAGACAAAGCUGAUAAAGAAAGGGAUGGAGAGCAUAGAGAAAGGUACCUGUGUGCGGUUUGUUCCCCGGACUCACCAGCGAGACUACAUCGACAUCCAGCCAAAGUCUGGGUGUUGGUCCUACCUUGGUACGCGUGGUGGAAGACAGACCGUGUCUCUCCAGAGCCCUGACUGCCUCCGGGUUGGAGUGAUUUCCCAUGAAUUCAUGCAUGCCCUAGGCUUUGUGCACGAGCAGUCUCGCUCUGACCGGGACAACUAUGUCACCAUCAUGUGGCCGAACAUUUGGAGGGAUCGGUUAAGGAACUUUGAGAAGUUUAAGACUGACAGUCUGGACCUACCAUAUGACUAUGGCUCAAUCAUGCACUUUGGGAUGUAUGCCUACUCUCAGGAUGGGCAGCCAACCAUCAUUCCUAAGAACAGCCACAACAGCAAGGACAUAAAGCUGGGCCAGGCAUCGACUCUCAGCCACAUUGACCAGAUGAAAAUCAACAAGCUUUAUAAAUGUGGUGCCAUGGAUGAAUACUAAUCAAACUGAUUAAAUGUGAAACAGGAAUGUGAUAGCUAAUAUAAUAAACGGAUCUAAAUCAUGGAAACAAUUUCAAUAAAGACUGAUUCAAGCUU